AUAAAUAAAGAGCAAAAUCCAAAAAACAUAGCCAUUUAAUUUUAGGCAGAACCCCGAAGCUAGUAAACUACUCUUAGCUGUGAUGUAUGCUGUAAGGCUGUAGGAAGAAGUGAAGAACCCAAUGCCCCAGAUAAGCGACGAAUAAAGUAUAAACCACUGCGCCUGCAACGCUUUCCUUCCUUCAAACUUCAAUUUCUUGGUAAUGGCUACUACCUCUUCCUUCCUUCCUUCAGUUGAUGCUAUGGCUACCUAAGACACUUUGGAAAUAUAAGCUCCAAAUGAUUAUCAAAGGAUUGUUUAGAAGAUAUAAGAGAUGGAACCCUGUUCAUCCAACUUAUGGUGCCUUUUGGGGAAUGGGAGUGGGUGUUGGUUGUGGAGUCGGAUGGGGUCCGGGGUUCGGCCCUGAAGUGAUAGGCUAUGUUGGAUCUGGUUGUGGCAUUGGAUUCAAUGUAGGCUUCACUCUCGCUGGCUUUGGUAUUGGCCUUCCUGCAAACUUUAUCUUUGAAGCUCCUUAUAAUGUUAUCAUGGCAACAAGAAAUUCAGCAUUAGAGAUAGCACGAUCUAAGGGUUUUAAUGCACCAUGCAAUGGCUGGACUAUAAACUUAUCUUGUGUCUUUGACCUCCAAAGGGAAGCUAGUGACAAAUUACGUCACUUUAGGGAAAGGCGUUUAUCAGUCAAGGGAUUUGAUUUCUUGAGCAUGAAAAAUGACUUAUCAUUGCUUGCUACAUCUGCCUGUAACAGCAAAGAUUGAUUGGUUCGAGUUCCACAACUCUCAGCAUGGUGGUUACAACUUUGAUGGAUCAUUUCAAUUUUUUUUUUUAACUUAAUAGCAGGAAAACCAAAUGUCUUAUUUUGAGGUAUAUUAUUAUGUUUACUGUCUUGUUUGACAAACUCAAGUUGUAUAUUUAAUAUUGUUGUCAAAUAUAUUUCUUAUAGAAGGCUAUGAUCCUAAAUUUUCAACCAACAUAUCCAGAAGGGUAAAGGGACUAGCAUUCGUUUCCAACUUUCCAUCAAGACUAAAUGAUAUAAGGUUAAAUUUAUCAAGUCGGAUGUCGACCCAGUAUAUACUUACUAUACCUUGAGUAAGAAGUAAACAGUGGGGUUCCCCGUUCCCCCCAACCCAAAAUAUGAUUCAAACUUGGACAAAUUGAAGAAUAAACAAGAAUGUUAUGCAUUAACCAAAUGGAUUUUAUAUUUGCCAAGGCAUAGGUGGGUGUGGUAGAUUAGCCUAUCUGAAACUUACUUUCAAGACAACUGAAGGAGAUGGCCUCAUUCCCACUCUCGUCUAAGUGGAAUCAGUUAGGAUUUAGCAGUAUGCUGCAUUUGAUAUCCCAAGUCCACAUUAGCAAUUAUUCUUUAAAGGAUAUUUCAUAUUUGACAAUUAGUAGGAUGAGGGGAGGUGAAACUUUUUUAUAUGAAUAAAAAGAAAUUAAAUUAUCUUUUUAUUUAUUUAUUUCUG